AUGGAGGUGGAGGUGUCUGGAGGACCAGGGCUGUGGCGACCGAUGCUCAUUGUGUCGGAGACGGCGCGGUGGAAGGUCGCAGUACCAAUUAGAGCUGGCAGUGAAAUCGCUAUCACUGUUGGUUCGCUGGAGUGCCAUUUGUUGCAUGGAAGUGGCACUUUGAGGCACCAGCUGCACCGGCAGAAGCUGGGGCAGGAGCAACUGCAGCAGCAGCCGCAUCGCCACCACGGGCACCGACAGCACCAGGAGCAAUCGAACCAGCAGCAGCCGCAGCAACAGCACCCGGUGUCGCUCCUCCGCCGCUCCUCCUCCGUCGUCAUCUCCAUGAAGGGUGACACGGGGGGCUCGAGCUGCGGCGGCGGCUGCUGCUCGCGCUCCUUCUCCAGCGGCUGGUACAGCGCGCUGUUGACGACGUCCUUCUUCCUCGGCGAUGUCUCCGCCAGUCUGCAUGCAGGUGAUUGCUUAAUUUGCAUGGUUGUUGCCAACAAGACAAGAUCAAGAACGGGCAUCACGGUGCAGUGCAGUACAUUAGGAUGGCAGCUUGGAGUCCACUGCCUCCGCCAUGGCCUCAUAGUAGUAGAAGUCGAAGUGCGACCUGCUGCCGGGGUACAGGUCGUUGGCGCCCUGGAUGCUGAAGAGCGACUCGUUGGACGCCAUGCUCCACUUGGCCUGAGAGCGACUCGUUGGACGCCAUGCUCCACUUGGCCUGCGACACCGACGUCCCGUGCUGGAACAUGUACUGAAGUCUGGACUGCCCAGAGUCCUCACAAAUAUAACACAUAA